AUGAUAACAGAGAAAACAGAUCAUUUGAGUAAUUAUGGAGAAAUCAAAAAGUCAUUUAUGGUUACAGAUAGUGAUAGUUUAUUUUUCAAAAACCUGAUCAUUGAAUUUAACAAUGCUAAAGCCUUGGCAAAACUAAAACCACUUUUGCCGUAUCCGUAUCACUCCCGUGUUGCUGCAGACGUAGUCUUUGUUGUAAAAGACACCGCCACAGUGGAGACUGCCUCGACCCCCGACAACCUCCAGGAGCUGAGAAGGAUUUCUCAGAGCAGUGGCCAAUCCUUUGAAGAUGUUGUGAAGGGGAUGAUGAGCCAAAUAAGUGCUCAUUUGGCUUUAAGAAGAGGAGCAAAUGAUGAUGGUGAUGAUGACAGUGAAGAGGAGGAGGAGCAGAAAGAGCCCAGUAAAUCCCAGGAAAUCCUCACAGCAACCCAGUCAUUCCUCCAAUUACCUACCAUGACCCUCACCUCAAUCUCAUUCAGAACCUCAUCAAACUAA